GUUUUAUCGCAUUAAACCGUAACGAAAUCAUGUUUCGAUAGCGUCAGGGCAUUUAACGUUUUUGAAGGAUGGUGAUCGUAUGCCUGGUCAUUAAAUACGUGUUUGUAACUCUACUUUGUGCUUUAAACUCGGAUUUCACAUAUGCAACAAACUUUAAUUCCCAGCGUGAGCUGGUUGGCUUCCUACAGCGAAAGGGAUAUAUAAAGUCUAAGAUCGUUAUAAAUGUGAUGCUUGGCGUUGAUCGUAGGUACUUUUGUCCGACUCGGCCAUACGAAAAUCAACCACAGACAAUCGCGGAAGGUGUUAAUAUCAGCGCGCCAUUCAUACACGGAAUGGUUUUGGAAGCAUUAACACCACGUCUCGAAGUUGAAGCAAGAGUUUUAUGUGUUGGUUGUAGCAGUGGAUACCUUAUGGCAUGUAUAUCUCUUUACUUCGAGAAAUACUAUGGUUCUGUUACAGGAGUUGAAAGCAAACAAGAAGUGACUGAUCUGAAUAAAAAAAAUAUUAGAAGUUGGAUUGCUUCUAGCGAUUUAGCAAAAAGCCGUCGUUUAAAAGUAGACGGUCAUUUCUACUACCUAACUUACAAAAAUAAACUCGAUGAGGUGCUUGAAGGAGUGUACCAUGUAAUUUAUUACAAUGGAGACGACAGAAGCUUUAUUGAUGUAUUAAAAAAACAUUUACGAUACAGUGGUGUACUGGUUUAUAGGAAAGAAUCCGAAGGAGGAGACCAAGAAUUAUACAGAAUAGAUCACUUUAAACUAAAUGAAUUUGAUGAACGAUUGGUGGCCCGUAUUUCAUUAGUUAAGCCUAAAGAGGAGAAAGAAGACGGAAAAGGAAGAGAAGAUUUACCAACUGACCAUUACGCUGUCGACCUGGAUGAUAUACUAUUAACAUCAAUUCAAAUUAAACAUAUUCCAGAUAUUAAAGUACUCUUACUGCUACUGCUGUGUACUGUCAUAAUCUCCCUCAUUAGACUGAAUUAAUAGUCGGUAUGCCAUUCAGUGCUAACUUUCAUUGAAACUAAAAUUACCUCUCACUUAGAGUGUGAUUGAAACUGAAACUUUUUGAGCACCUUAUUUAUUAUUAUUGUUCAUCUUUUUGUUCAAAGUCAUCAACAUCCGACUUUUCUUAGAUUCAUCAUUAUCACUCCCUCACGUGGACGAAGAUGACAAUUCUGCUGUCUAAAUAAUCUGACAUUUUUGUGUAUUUUCUACUCUUCCAUCAUCGAUAAGCUUUCACUAACCAUUUGGUGGUUUCUGUUUGUCUAACCCUAUUGACAACAUUCUCUAACUGUAUUAUCUCACCGAAUUGACAGGUUCAAUUUUUUGUCUUUAUUCAUCUGACCAGUUGAGGAGCAGCAGACAGAAUACCUUCAGCUGUCUAAGCGUUAUCAUAAGUGUGAUAAUAUACCAAUGUAAAAUUUAACCCCCAUCGGGUUACACGGACCGUGUUUUCACUUGUUUCAGACUAAUCUAUAUUAUUCCAUGCACUUUCAACUAUCUUACAUUUCUAGUAUAUUUACUGAAACAGAUCUCUCUUCAACAGAUUGAUGUGUUUAGAUUAAGCUAGGCAUAUCAACACUUUUCUCUGACAUGAGAUCUCAGAGACUGGUACUAAACCAACUGAUGUUCAUCAGUGUCCUCAACGUGUAAUCUGUUUUCAUUGGAGUUCAGUCCACAUUAAUUUUUUUAUUUGAUCCACAAUGCCAAUUAAAAAUUUUAAAAGAUUUAUUACUGAACAAAGAAUAUUCCUUUCGAUAACUUCUUCAUCAGGUUCUCCAUUUAUAUAUCCCUAAUCAUGAAAGAAUUAGGGUUGUUAACAACAUAAAUGCUUAAAUAACACUGGAUCAAUAGCAUCUGUAAGCAUGAUAAGAUGGAUCAGUGUAACACUACAUUGAAUUUCAGACAAAUUAGGGAGAACAAUAGUAGAGAAUUAAUGAAUUCAUAGGCUCCAGAGAAGGUAAGGGAAUUAGUAGGGGCUAGACCUUUUCUUUGGCAUACAGAGCACCUGUUGUUUUAGGCGAAUAGUAAUAGACUCUACUGUUUAGAGUGUUUGGUACAUGGAUGCCUGAAAACGUUUUUGGUUCCUGAUAGAUGAUGCAGAACGAUUAUUCAAUGCUAGCCUUGUAGCCAUUUUGGGUCGGGUAUUUAUUAUUUAUUUAUUUAUUUUGACGCAUAAAAGCUUGGUACAAUAUGGCACCAAGAAGGAUGCGCCACACAAUAUUAAUAAAACAACAUAGAUCAAAAGAAUAAAAAAAGAGA